GCGCAUCUAUAAGUGUCUGCCCUAUUGCUCUUAUUCCAUAACGACUUAGACCUCUGGAAUUUGUCGAGAUGUCAAAUUCGGACCGAGUGGUGUUAGCGCUUGGCGGAGCUGGCACUGUGGGUUCCGGAAUAGUGAAAGCGUUUCUGGAUAGAGGCUUCAGGGUUGUGGUCAUCUCCAGAGACAGUAACAGACUAGAGAAGCUGAAGGGCUUUGUCUCCCCGUCCACCAAAGACAGACUUAUCACACUGGUGGGGAAUGUAGGUUCGGAGGAGGAGGUGGAGGCAGCGAAGCAGGCUGUGCUGAAAGCUGUGGGGAAGGUGACGGACAUUGUGUCCUCUCUGGGGUUCAGCUGGUGGCAGGGCGGACCGCCCCACACUCAGACCCUCAAAGAACUGCACUGGGUGCUGGAGACUCUGAUUCUUAGCACCUUUGUGUCUUGGAAAGCCUUUUUUCCUCUGGUGAGAGAUGACCCCAACAGCACCUACACCUUCAUCACAGGGGGUGCUGGUGAGAAGUUGUUGAUGCCGGGGACGGGGUUCCUGACAGUGGGUGCGGCUAGCGCGCUGGCGUUCUGCCAAGUGCUGCGGGAGGAGUACCCGGAUGUACCCUGCAAAUUCAACCAGGUGAAGAUCAACACAGGCGUGGCUCCCCCAGAACGCAUGGCCCCUGGCUACCUGAACCACGUGGAUCUGGGAGAGGCAGUGGCCGCGCUGGUGGAGAGAAGGACCAGCUCACACACUGUCUUCACCGUGAAUUCCCCCGCUGACCUCAAAACCAUUCUCCUGGAGGACAAUAUGUAGAUCCCCCCUGCCACACCCUCAGCUCCUCAAGGCCAACUUAAAAACCCUGCUUUUUUGGGGGGGUAAAUGAAAAGACCUUUCCCCCAUUGCCCAGCACUGCACUACAAUGCCAUAAACACCCUGGCCCCGCUCUCCUGACACCACCCUCCCUGGCUCCGUACAGAACUCCGCCCACAGGGGCAGCCAAUUAUAUCAUCAGCCUGCAGAGUUAGAAUUGUUUUAUGACGAUGUAUCUCCACACCUAGCACAGUGGAAUCAUGGGAAAUGAGUCUCAAGUCUUCAGUAAAGAGACCUGAUCUGAAGUGGUGUUUAUGUGGAUCAAAGGUUGUACCGGCCAACAUUAAAUCUGGGUGCCAAUUCUAGCUGUUAAGUGGACAAGGCUGUGUUCGGCAGGCAUGACAAUGUGGAAGAAUCUAAUGAAUUAGAAGAACACAGAAAGCACUAGAGAUUGAAUUAACCAAGGUUCUGACAAACAAAAGGCAUUCAAAUUAAAAGGAACAAAGUUGCACACAAUUAAUCUCCAAUGUAAAUUUAGUCUUUUACUCUUUAGCGUUUCGUCACUACUCUGCCUUCAGCAGGGAGAUGUU